AUGUUGAUUGUCCUCUCGAAGACAAACGCCGACAAGGUUCCAGGCCUGCAGGAGGCCAUAACCAAACUCCUCGGCGAGGAGGCGAAAGUUAAUAACAAAACACCGGAGGAAGAGCUGGAUAUAAAGGAUCUCGACGAGACCACGACGAAAGAAGAGGUACUCGCAGCACUGGUGGUGGCCGCCGGAGAGAACUCCAGAGUCCCAACGAACGCAGUCAAAUCGUUGCGGAAGGCUCACGGAGGCACUCAGAUGGCCUGGGUGAAAUUGCCUAUGGCAACGGUGAAGAAGAUUGCCGGAGAGCAUGGCAAAAUCAAGAUUGGCUGGGUUAAUUGCCGGAUCAGAGGAGUGGAGAGACCCCUGAAGUGCUAUAAGUGCAGGGACUUCGGACAUCUCGCCAAUCACUGCAAGGGCGAGGUUGACCGCUCUAAACUCUGCAUCAAAUGUAGGGAGGGUGGCCACCUGGUCGCCAAAUGUUAG